AUGUUCGCCGCCAGAUGCUGUGCUGUCUCAUCGCGGCAGGUGCUGCGCUCGCAGCCACCCCGUCGCUUCGGUUCCUCCCACGCCCACGCUGAACCCGUGAACGAAAGCUUCGGCCGCAGUUUCUACGUUACCAUUGGCAGUUUCGCCUCCGCCUACAUCCUCUACCGCAUCAGCAAGUCCUCCCAGGAAUCUGGUUCCGAGUCCUGGAUCGCCAGCCUGAUCAACAAGUACACCACUCCCUCAGAGGUACUUGAGCAGCGCAAUGCCAUUCACACUGCUAUUCUUGAGAAGGCCGCCGAGGACCGCCACCUGCUCCAGAGUCAAGGACCCCGCGAGGCCUACGAGUUAAUGCAGCCCGAUCUCAUGAACGGUGGCUCUCCUUACAACAUUUCUCCCGGUUCGCAAGCCGACCUCAGCAAGGUUGUGGCCCACUACGAGAAGGUGAAUGCGGAGAAGGAGGCGGUUCGUGUUGCUCGUAUGAAGGAUGGAAAGGUCGUUUCUCUUUACGACGAGGCUAUCUGA